AGAGAUCUGACUUGGUUUGUAUCUCUCGGAUAAGGCUUGUGGCAUGAAGGUGAACUGGUGAAUAAGCUACAUAGUCCUCCAGCCUUCGCCUUGGGGUGUCGCUUGAAGAAUCCGUAAGUGGGUCCCGUAGACAGACAAAAUACGAGGACUUCAUAUCCUGGGGGAGGAAUCAUUCUGACGAAUUCAGAAAGGUCCAGUACACGAGAUGAAGAUCUCCAUGACUCUGUCCUUGAUAAGCUGCCUGAUUGUGUCUAAUGCAGCUAAAUUGUUGAGCCGCUGUGAAGUAGCCAAUAUACUAAGGAAUGAAGGGCUAGAUGGCUAUGACGGUUACAGCCUGGAAAAUUGGGUCUGCCUGACUUUCUACGCGAGCAAGUUCAAUACCACUGCAGAACACAAAGAAGAAGAUGGGAGCACUAGUUAUGGCAUCUUCCAAAUCAACAGCAAAGAGUGGUGUACCAACCAUGAGAAGCACAGCAAGAACCGCUGCCACCAUAUCUGCAGUGACUUCCAGAGUACCGACUUGAGCAAGAGCAUUGAAUGUGCCAAGAAAAUCGUUAAAGAAAAGGAAGGACUGGGAUAUUGGUACGGCUGGAAGGAGAACUGCCAGAAUAGUCACGGCCUGAAAAGAUGGCUGUAUCGCUGUGAUGAGUGAAAUUCCCUGUGGAUCUCCUGCAGCGGCUGACUUGGGCCCAGAUUCGCCCCAAGGAAACGCUUUUCUCUCUUUUCCUCUCCCUCUCCUGGGGAAUUGUGUUACUGUUUUGCAAUCCCCAACCAAAAAGGAAGAUAUCCAACUUUUGUGAGGCCACGAAAUGCACAGGUUAUUCACUCCUCUCUGA